AUGCUACCGGUAGGUGCAGCAGGCACGUGGCACCCAGCCCAUGCUGAGCCGAAGACAGCUCGCCUGACCGGCGGCGUCAGUCCAUUCCCAAGCUCCAGGAUGAAGCUCGGAACAAAGAACAAAACGGGCAUUUCCGCUUCGGCUUCGACAGCAUCAUCCGUCGCUGUGUCCGUGGCCAUUCUCUUUGCUGUGGGUACACGUUGGAAUCUCAAUGCCAGGACUCGAAGGUGCAAAGCACCAGCAAUGCCCGACGAAGAGCGAUACUGGGAGCUUAGUGAGGAAGAGCGUGCACGACUAGUGGAGGAGAUGGACACCAACGCACCUUACAGAUACCUCCUCCUUUUUCUUGCUGCAUUGCUUGUAGGCAAAGCCUUACCAGAUGCAGUCUUCUCAUACUUGAAAAACUUGGCCGGGAUUCGUGGUGCAGUGUUGGACCCUUCAAUGCUUGCGUUUGAUGCCCUCCUCUGUGGGCUUGGAGUUGGCCUGGCAUACGCUGCGGUGACUUUGCUGGGCCCACCUGAAAUUCCAGAGCCGCAAAGAAGAGAAAGCUCGAGGGAUCGUGAACAACAGGUUGGCUAA